AUGAGAAAGGCUAAACUUGGUUAUAGACUGACCAAAAGAGAGGCUAAACCUGGUUAUAGACUGGCCAAAAGAGAGGCUAAACCUGGUUAUAGACUGGCCAAAAGAGAGGCUAAACUUGGUUAUAGACUGGCCAAAAGAGAGGCUAAACCUGGUUAUAGACUGGCCAAAAGAGAGGCUAAACCUGAGGCUAAACUUGGUUAUAGACUGGCCAAAAGAGAGGCUAAAUCUGGUUAUAGACUGGCCAAAAGAGAGGCUAAACUUGGUUAUAGACUGGCCAAAAGAGAAGCUAAACUUGGUUAUAGACUGGCCAAAAGAGAGGCUAAACCUGGUUAUAGACUGGCCAAAAGUGAGGCUAAACUUGGUUAUAGACUGGCCAAAAGAGAGACUAAACUUGGUUAUAGACUGGCCAAAAGAGAGGCUAAACUUGGUUAUAGACUGGCCAAAAGAAAUGCUAAACCUGGUUAUAGACUGGCUAAAAGAGAGGCUAAACUUGGUUAUAGACUGGCUAAAAGAGAGGCUAAACCUGGUUAUAGACUGGCCAAAAGAAAUGCUAAACCUGGUUAUAGACUGGCUAAAAGAGAGGCUAAACUUGGUUAUAGACUGGCUAAAAGAGAGGCUAAACCUGGUUAUUGA